AUGUUUUACCUGUAUAUCGCGGCUUCACAGUCAGCGGUUAGCUCGGCCUUGAUAAGGAAAGAGUCCGAUGUCGAGCACGCUGUAUUUUACGCCGGGAAGGGGUUCACACCGGCCGAGAGCAAGUACCCGGACGUAGAGAAGUUGGCUUUGGCACUUAUUAUAACCGCUAGAAAGCUCAUACACUAUUUCCAAGCACACUCGAUCACCCUUUAUAUUAACCACCCCCUCAGGCAAAUUAUGCAAAAGCCAGAAAUCAGCAGGAGGCUGGUGAAAUGGGCAAUAGAGCUAGGGGAAUUUGAUAUCCAUUACCGGCCAAGAGUGGCAAUCAAGGACAUCAAACAAGCUUUAAUCGGGGGAUUGCAACUCGCCCGGGGCAUCGGAGUGGAAAGAGUGGAAGUAUUUAGUGAUUUACAGUUGGUUGUAAAUCAAGUCAACGGGAGCUUUGAAGCUAAGGAGCCUCAGUUGCACUCUUACCAAGCAUUAUCAAAAGCCUUCAUGCAACGUUUUAAAUCGGCCUCUCUCUCUCACAUCCCUCGGAAAGCAAACCGUCAUGAAGAUGCCCUCGCCCGGCUAGCCACCGGAGGGCCCGGGAAAGGCAGAAAGAAGGCAAAGAUUGAGGUGCUUGGGCAGCCUAGUGUCAGUAAGACAAUCUCUGAGAUAUUCAUGGUCGAGAUGGGACCUGGAGAACCAACGUGGAUGGACCCCAUAAUCGAGUUUAUGAAGGCGGGGGUAUGCCCGGAGGAUAGGUGGCAGGCACGAAAGUUGCAAUCGAGAUGUGCUAGAUACACCCUCAUGAAAGGGAAGUUAUACCGCAGAGGUUACAAUCUCCCGAACCUCAAGUGCGUAACGAAGGAAGGAGAAGUGAUCAUGGGAGAAAUCCAUGAAGGGGUGUGCGGGAAUCAUUUUGGAUCCCGGUCGUUAGCACACAAGGCGUUACGCACAGGGUUCUUCUAG